GGAUUCACAUCGGUUGGCAGAUUUGCCACACCCAAAUCAGUAGCAUGGGAGAACCGAGAGCUCGCCGGCUGUGCCUGCUUGCUCUGGUGCUCGUGCAGUGGCACCACGUCUCGGUGGCCAUGACGUUCACUAUCUCCAACUACUGCCCCCACCCGAUAUGGCCGGGGACGCUCGCCGGGGCCGGCACGUCGCAGCUUUCCACGACGGGGUUCAAGCUGGAGCCUGGGCAGACGGCCCAGCUCGCGGCGCCGGCGGGGUGGUCGGGGCGGAUAUGGGCGCGGACAGGGUGCGUGUUCGACGCGGAAGGCGCGGGCGUGUGCCAGACGGGCGACUGCGGCGGGCGGGUGGAGUGCCGCGGGUCCGGCGCCACGCCGCCGGCCACGCUGUUCGAGGUCACCCUGGGGCAGGGCGGCGGCCAGCUGGACUUCUACGACGUGAGCCUCGUCGACGGCUACAACCUCCCGGUCGUCGCGAUCCCGCGGGCGCGCCAGGGCGCGUGCAACGCCACCGGAUGCAUGGCCGACCUGAACCGCUCGUGCCCGACGGAGCUGCAGGUGGACUGCGGCGGCGGCGCCAUCGCUUGCCGGAGCGCGUGCGAGGCGUUCGGGCAGGACAGGUACUGCUGCAGCGGCGCGUACGGGACGCCGGACGCGUGCCACCCGACGGUGUACUCGUCCAUCUUCAAGUCGGCUUGCCCGCGCGCGUACAGCUACGCCUACGACGACAGCACCAGCACCUUCACCUGCAAGGCCUUGGACUACACCAUCGCCUUCUGCCUCCCGACCUCCGGGAUAAAGAAGUCGGAUGCGAUGUUUCUCGGAGCUCAGAUGGAUGGCCAGAGCACCGGCGAUGGCAGUGCCGGUGCGCCGCCGAUUUACAGCAACAAUGGCGGUUACAAACCGCCGAUCUACAACUACGGCGGCGGAGGUUCUCGUUGGCCGGCGACGACAACCUCGUCCGCGAGCAGCAAAAGAUGCAUGCAGCCGUGGCUCUUGCUAGUGCUCGUCUCCUUUUCUCUGAAGGCGCUCGGCUGAUCUUGUUCAUGCAAUGCCUUCUCGAGAAGAGUUUGACGAAGAAAUUAAUGGAAGAUCGAUCUGAUGACUGGUGAACAUGCAUGUUAGCAGUUAUGGCUUCUGGAUCGACGAAAAGACCGCCCGAUCGAGAGGCUGAAGAGGGCCUUUUCUGGCAUUUAGUUCUGUGCCAUUCGAGCUGAUGAGAGAAACCGGCUGGCUAAUAGCUAAGUAUUGGUUGGGUGGUAGAUAAGACAUUAGCUGAUGAUCUAAACAAUAGCUGAUUUUCAGCGGCUAACUGUUAGGUUCUAGUGAACAAAGAGAAAAAUGUUGUAUAGAUUCAAACGACUUUGUAAAUCAUUGGUUCAUUUUAAUUGCAGUCAGAUUGAGAUAAACACA